AGAAGGAAUCAAACGAUCAGGUGGCGUCCCUGCGUGGAACGCUUCGAAUCCACCUUGAGUCCACUGCCUCGCGAAUCCUCGCCCUGUAAGUUUACAGUCGAGACAAGGUCGGAGGGUAGCGAGCAUAGUUAAAACGUGCACUGACAGAGCGGCCUCGAUACUGGGGAGGACAACAUGAGGCCGGGCACGCAAUGGUGAUUGGGUUUGCGUGAGAACAUCGCCGUCGUGGGCCGCCGCCCCUGGAGGAGACUGUUGCGCGGGCCCAAACUGCCGAUUCAGGGAAAGCGACAUAUCUGGGAGGCUGUCGCUCGCGCAGAGGCCCCCCUGGGAAGAAUCCGAGGAAAAUUAAAAACAUGUGUUGUGGAGAGCACAAGGGAUUUGGCAGGGGCAGAAGACCGUGUGCGAGUAUCGGGCGACAGAUGUUGCGCAGAAUAUCAAGGCGACCCCAGUUGUCAGAGAUGGUCCAAUAUCGGCACGCCUCGAGGCCGCCCGCGUGAUACGGCUCACGGA